AAUAGAAAAACAUUCAGUCUCGUAACUGUUUCAGAUUUUUCUGAGUUGUUUUCAUUAUUGAAAGUUGGGUUCAAUUGAAGAGGUCAAACAAGGAGUGAAGAUGGAGAAAGUGAGGAGAGACUCGCAUUCGUCCGAGAGUAGCGAGGAAUUGGAGUAUGCGGCUCAGUUUGCCAAUCGAAUGCCCGACGAGGACGACGACGAGGACAGUCCUACUGCUGAUAAUAACGAAGAGUUUCCUUCCUCGGGUGUACCCGAUAACAUCAGGGAAAAAGAGCCCGUCGUGUUUCUGAUUGGCUGGGCUGGAUGCACAGAUACUCACCUGGCUAAAUACUCGAACAUGUAUGCCAAGUGUGGACUAACAACAGUCGCUUUCAAACCCCAAUUUAGACGCUACUUCAUUACUGUUGAUGAUAUGAUCAGUCUUAAGAAACAAGCUCAGAAGUUUCUAGAAAUAAGUGCCGAUCUGGGAUUGGAAGAGCAUCCUGUAUUCUUUCAUGUGUUCUCAAACAACGGAAUGGCGUUUUACUCUGAACUAGUGGAGUUGAUUCUGUUUGGAAAUAAGUACGAUCAUCUGAAAGUCUGUGGAGCCGUGUUAGACAGUUGUCCCGGUAGACCUCACGUCUCAACGUUGUACAGAUACUCGCUUAUAUCUGCUAGAAUGGAAAACUUGACCACCUUCCAGACACUUUUGAGAAUCGCAUGUGCUUUUUUCUUUGCAGUACUAUCUCCACUUACAAGAAUUAUUUUCGGGUGGAGGUCUUUAGUUAGCUUAGCGAAUAGGGCUCGAACCGAACACUGGCCGUUGUACUAUAUCUAUUCGGAUAUAGACAGUCUGAUUCCGUUUAAGGAUGUGGAACUUUCGAUCCGGUACAGAAGUCAAAAUGGGCUACCCGUAGGGUCACAUAGGUUUAAGGAUUCAGUGCAUGUUGCUCAUUAUGUCAAAUAUCCUGACGAAUAUUCAGAACACUGUAUCACCUUCAUAAGCAACUGUCUGCAAAACUGAGAAUCAAGCAGACGUCAGCGCCUGAAGAAAUGUUUGGUCACAUUCGAAAAGUUUUCUAUAUAAUUCAAAUAACUUUGAAAGUAGCCGAUAUUAAUGGACUUUCUUAUUAAUUAUUAUUUUGAUCGUUUGUAGUUUGAUAAAAUCAUGUUCGAAAAUUUCUUGUCUUAGUAAUUUAAUAUCAAAAAAAUUCUGUUCCAAUCAUGAUUUUAUCUUCAGAAUUUAUCCACGUCAUGCACGAGAGAGAACUAUUUAAUGAAUCAGGAGGGCUCUACGGGCAUUUUCUGAAUAAUUUUCGGAUAAAUUUUCCUGAUUGAUUUAAUAAAAAUCAGUCGCAAAUAUUGGCCCUUUAGAUUUGCCUGGUUACAAUGUUGGUACUAGUAAAUAGCAAAAUAUUUUGCAGUCGGCAAAGUGAGCGUGAACUUGAAGCUUGGUAGUUUGGGGGGAUCGAGGGGCAUUAUUUUUCAGAUCAUCUUCAAACCUUAUAUCUUUGUCCAUGGCGUUUUAUUGGAAAAAUGCGGGCUUUAUCAAUGUUUCAAAUUUGCUUUAGUUUUAUUUCGAAUAUAGAGACGGCUGAUCUAUUGGUUUCGCAGUUUUUUUUUCGGUCAAAAGAAAAAUCCAAUUGACAAGAAGAU